ACAAGGAUCUGAAGGGCAAGAGGAAGCAGUUCAUCAACUCAGUCGGCAUGGGGACGGUCAACGGCUUGCUGGAUGAACUCUUUGAGAAAAACGUGCUGAACCAGGAGGAGAUGGAGAGAGUAAAAUGUGAAAACGCUACCGUUAUGGACAAGGCCCGAGCUCUGAUCGACAGCGUCCUGCGGAAAGGGCCACGGGCGUGCCAGAUCUUUAUCUGUCACAUCUGUGAGGAAGACACCCACCUUGCAGAGACGCUGGGGCUCUCCUCAAGCCCACAAUCUGGAAAUUCUCAGAACACCACGGACUCUGAAGUAGCGUUUCCUCCUCUUCCAGCCAGCGUGAAUAACAUGCCUGGGCCGGCUGAGCCAGAAGAAUCUGUAGAUGCUCUCAAGCUUUGUCCUCGUGAAAACUUCGUGAAACUGUGUAAACAGAGGGCUGAAGAGAUCUACCCAAUAAAGGAGAGAAAGGAUCGUACUCGUCUGGCUCUCAUCAUAUGCAAUACGACGUUCGAUCAUCUUUCUCUCAGGAAGGGGGCUGACCUUGACGUUGCAGGGAUGAGGAGGCUGCUUACAGACCUUGGCUACAGUGUGCACAUAAAAGAGGAACUCACUGCUAAGGACAUGGAAUCAGAGCUGAGGGCAUUUGCUGCCCGUCCAGAGCACAAGUCCUCGGACAGCACAUUCCUGGUGUUCAUGUCUCAUGGCAUCCUGAGUGGAAUCUGUGGGACGAAGUACAGCGCUGAAGGAGACCCAGAUGUAUUGGCUUAUGACACCAUCUUCCAGAUUUUCAACAACCGCAACUGCCUUAGUCUAAAGGACAAGCCCAAGGUCAUCAUCGUCCAGGCCUGCAGAGGUGAAAAUUUGGGGGAACUGUUGAUCAGUGACUCUCCAGCGGCCCCAAUGGACAGCACUUCACAGAUGGGUAGCAGCCUUUCACAGGUGGGUGACAACCUAGAGGACGACGCCAUUUACAAGGUCCACGUGGAGAAGGACUUCAUCGCUUUCUGCUCUUCGACCCCACAUCAUGUGUCUUGGAGAGACGUGAACAAGGGAUCUCUCUUCAUUACACAACUCAUCACGUGCUUCCAAAAGUAUUCGUGGUGCUUUCAUCUGGAGGAAGUAUUUCGGAAGGUACAACAGUCAUUUGAAAAACCAAAUGUUAGAGCCCAGAUGCCCACCAUUGAACGACUAUCCAUGACAAGAUACUUCUAUCUCUUCCCUGGCAAUU